CUUCAACUCGCCAUUAAAGUAUUACAACAAAGCAAAAAUAAUUUCCUUAAUCCUCACGCUGCAUCAUAUUUUUAAAGUAUGCAAAAAUAUCUUCUCAACAGUAAACAAUUCUCUGGUAAAGAACAUUCAGCCAAAAACAAUGCCAUAAAAAAUGGUCUAAGUACGGCAAGUAUGCAAAUUUUAAAAAGCAGUAAAUCUCGAAACUCUACCAUAAUAUUUACUGCUCUAUAAAUUCACGCAUAAACAUAAAAAUAGCAAAUCUAUCAAGUCCUGCAAUUGAACUCUAACGCAAAGGCAACUACAACUCUAAAUAUUGCUCAGUAUAUUUCGUACGACGCCAACAUGUCCUGUCAAGCAUCUACUCCUUUGUGGCUUCUCCUCAUCGCUUUGGUUUGCAUCCUCAACAGCCAGUGCACGCUCUCUUCGCGUGCACGUACCAGUCCGUCGACAAUGGGACGAAAAAUCGAAGAAGAAAAUGUUCUAUAUCUUAUGGAAGGACCUCCCAUAAUUUCCGAAUCCCUCCAGGGCACAUUGGGUCAAUUGCCCUGCAAUGUGACGCCGCCCAUUCUGGACGAUCGCCUUGCACUUGUAAUUUGGUUUAAAGUGGGUCUGAAGACGCCUAUAUACAGCGUCGAUACGCGCGACUCGAGCUACACGGAAGGCACUCACUGGUCCGAUGAAUUUUAUCGCGAUCGUUUGUCCUUCACCGUGGAAGGAGGUACAGGAACAUUGGAAAUUGCGAAAACGCGGCCGGAGGAUACUGGCGAGUACCGUUGUCGAGUCGACUUUCAAAAGAGUCCGACGCGCAACUCGAAAGUGAAUUUAACUGUCAUAACACCUCCUGAGUCAAUAAUAAUUCUGGACAGUAAAGGGGCGACGAUAAAAGAUUACAAAUUGGGUCCGUACAACGAGGGAUCAGUCAUCAAUAUAACAUGCGUAGCGGUUGGAG